AUGGUCAUUGUUGGAAUCGAUGCAAAUGCGAAGAUAGGACUUGAACAGCAAUCCGAUGUGCACCGAGAUAUUAUCCAGCGAGAGCGCACAUUGGACAACGGUGACCGUCUGGUGGACUUAUGUGAACAGACGAGCCUCAUCGUCACUUCCACGUUUAAUAGGAAUUAUCGACGCUAUCAGCUCACGCGGCAAGGUUUAACGCUUUUAACGCCUGAAGAGCAGCGCAAGCUCUCGUCAGGCGUUAAAAGAGCGUUAAAAGAUGAGGACUCAAACUUCAGCUCAACUACAUUCUGA